UGUUUUUAGAAAGGUUAAAGUUAAAAUCACAUUCUUCAGUUUCAGUUCUUGUGUUUUUUAUGUUGUUUUUUUUUGUAAUAAAAUAAAUCUAUUCUUUCCUCACACUCAUAGAAAAUACACAAAAUACCUUUCAGUCGUUUAUUUCGAGAUCAGUAGGUAUUCCUUGAAGUAUAUGCCGAGCCAUAUCGUAUAUUUAAGAACCUCUGGUUUUUUUUUAAACGACUGAGUGACAAAAAGACGACGACUUCAGUGCUGUGUAGCUCGUAAGCCUGUGCUGAUCGUAAUUGAACUCUUUUUGUAGUUAGUUGCACGUAGACCUACUUAGUAUUUUAUUUAUAAUUUUAAAGUAAGCAGUUAUAGCUAGCUUUAUAUAUGGAAAAGGACCUAGAAGUAGAGGAAGAUACGAGGGAAGACGUAGAAAAAGACAUUUAUAAUGAAACACUAGGUAAAUGUGAGGAGAGCCGUAUAAAUAGUAGCGGUCGUGGAAGCGAAGCACAGGAAUCCUCGAUUUCCGUAACACCCCCUCGUGAUUCUAAACCUAAUUUUAAUACUAGUGAUACCGAAAACGAUGAUUCCAUAGACGUUUCACCAAUUCAAACCCCAGAACGUUUGAAAAACAAAAUAGAAGAUAACAUCAACUUACACCAUGACUUUGAAAUUGAAGACUCUAUGCAUCAAGCUGAUGCCGACAGUGGGCAAACUCCAGGAAAGACCAAAGAGCAACUGGAGGAAGAAGAAAGGGAAAAGAUGCAGGUUCUUGUGUCAAAUUUCUCGGAGGACCAACUGAAUAGGUAUGAAAUGUACAGGAGAUCUGUUUUUCCAAAGGCUGCUAUAAAGAGGCUUAUGCAGUCAAUCACUGGAUGUUCUGUUUCCCAAAAUGUAGUUAUAGCUGUAUCUGGCAUUGCUAAGGUUUUUGUAGGAGAAGUUGUUGAGGAAGCCUUGGAUGUAAUGGAGAAAAAUGGAGAAACAGGACCAUUACAACCCAAGCACCUACGAGAAGCUGUACGCAGAUUGAGGGUUAGAGGAGCAAUUCCAAAGAAGUGACAAGCUUUUUCUAAGCAAUGAUAAAAUUCAGAGCUGUAGUAGCACCAUUUGAGCAGUCAAAGGGAUUCCAAAGUUUUGGCCCAAUUGCCAACUAAUAUUCCAGUUGUGUAAGUCUAACACAUGAUUGAAAUUUAGGUUGGUGGUAAUGAAAUUUUGAAUUCAUUUAUAACCUUUUCAAACAAAUGUUGUAAUGUACAUGUUGUCCAUCUUCUAUUUCAGGGAUUUUCUUAAUUUUUCCAUAAGUAUUUUGUAUUUGGAAUAUGUCAUCAUUUGUAAAAUAACUUUUUUAGUACCAAACAAUGCUAAGUUUGCAGUGUGUUUCACAUUAUUUUACAGUUUGAAGUUAACCCUAAACAUAAAACUUUGCAAACCAAGUGACAAUAAAAAUGCAAUAUGUUAGUAUGUGCAGGAAUAGAAAUUUUCUUUAGCCCUUAGUACUUGCAUUGAUGGACCCCACACUACUUCAGGCCAUUGCAAAUAGGGAAGAAAUACUUAUAAAAUACAUUGUGUGUUCCUUUCAAAAUAGUCUUCAUAGCAAAAAAAACUGCCUGUAGGUUUAAUAGAUUGAAAAGUGUUAUUAUUUGGCAGUAUUUCAUAUAGUUAAAAUAUGUAUUUCUUGAUGCAAUUGAGAUUUACCACUUUAAUACAUAAAAAAAAGAAGUUAUGUUUAGUGAACCCAAUAAUCAAAGUCACAUAUGCUAAAAUUAGUCAGAGAAAUAAUAUAGUAAUGGUGGAAAUAUCAAUUGAAUUUUUUUCUAAUAAUUUAAAAUCUUAGAUCUAAGUUGCGUUUAAAUGAUUACAUCUUUACACUGCCAACUUCUUUAAUUCGAAAUGUAUUAUAUAUAAUACUUGCGAUUAUAGGUAUUUACAAAGAUGUACAGUUUCUUUUGCAUAUAUUUCGUGUGUACUAUUGACAUCUUUUAAUCAUAACUUGUAAUCCGCUGUACAGUUUCUAGUGUACUACAAGCAUAUAUAAAAAUACGAGGCUAACUAGCUUCCUAAGGGUUGUGGGAUAAUAAAAGGCAUCCUUGUAAUGUUGUUAAGUAGAAAUGGAGUAUCUUCUUUUCAGAAUAUGCAUAAGUCUGGCACAAUGUUAAAAUAACAGCAAAUCCAUAUUGGACAAUUACUGAUAUUGUUAUGGUUAUAAACUUUCCCAGUUAUUGUCAGUGUACUUUUUUAUUGUUGUGUAUCCCUCAAAAGCAUCAACACUAUGUUACAUUUUCCUUCCUCUUGUUUUGACAAAAAAAUAAAGCAGGAUACUUAGGAAAUGUUUUCUUACAGGAUUUCACAAAAAUAAAAAAAUCUCUCUGAAUGUGUAUUUUUAAAUACGAGCAUGUAUGUCGUGUAAAUAAAC